GACUAGGAGGCAGAGAACAAGAAGGAGGAGGCCAUGACAUGAGAGAGUGGGUGAGCGAGAGACUGAAACAGAGUUCAGACAAUUGGAUGAGGAAGUAGAGAUGGUGAGCACAUGGGUGUGGUUGGUUAGCAGUUAGCCCAUCAGCCUUUCAGGAGUGACAGACACAGGAAAGCAGCGUGGAUGAUGAGGCCAACGAUGAACCUCUGGACCCGGGGAGCUCCCAGGAUGGAUACUAAGAUUUAUUUUUCCUCAUUGACCUUCAUCCUCUUUGUCAUGUUAAAAGUGGCAAGAGCUCAGUCUCCCACAACGGCAGAUCAAAUGCAGUCUGUGAGCAACAAUAUGGCAAACGGAACAACAAUGCCCACUGCUCAUACUCCCACUGGAAGAGGAGUGCAGAGCAGAUUCACCAGAGAUGCUGACUCAUCCCAGGAAACUCCCGCCACUAAACGCGCCACAAGCCAGCAAACUAGCAAACCAGUCAACGCCACUACAAUACAAAUGAACAGUACACUAGGUAAGUAUGGUGCUGUUAGUGAUAUACAUAACUCACAUUAUUUUAAUGAAACCUCAUGUGACUUGUAUUUGUCUUUCCCUUUAGCUCCCAAUAAUGGCACAACUAAGCUACAAACCAAGCCAACAGUGACAUCUUCCCCAUCCACAACUGGGAAAGCCACCAAAGUUGUUGCCUGGGACCCGGAGCAGGAUAAAGAUUUCACCUAUGAUUACGAGUCCCUGCGCUAUGCUGGACUGACCAUCGCAGCAGUCCUUUUCAUUGUGGGCAUCAUGGUCAUUGGCUGUGGCAGGAUCUGUCGGCUGCCCAACUGUCACAAGAAGUCAUCUAAAUCUUACCAAGUGGUCCAAGGCUAAAGAGAGACACCUUGUGUACACAUAUUACAAGUGCUAAGAAACACUCAACCAAAACCUGUGUGUGUGUGUGAACGCGGACUGAGUGACGGUACGCUGCUUGGUAACAACAUUGAAAAACACCCAAUAAACAAAUAGAAAACGCCAUCCA